UAUUCUCAGGCGGGGGCACAGAAUAUGAAAAUGAAAGCUGCGAUUGGACUGCUCUUCUCGUCAUCCUCGUCUCUCCACACGCCCAGCCCCACUCUUUACAAGCCCUACCCUUUCUCUCCUCUCUACCCCUUCUCUCCUCUCCGCUGCAAAUCUUCCUCUUUGCUUCGCUCUCGCUUUCCUCCCCCAUUUGCCCUCCGAAAUCGUACCGUCGCUUCAUCUGCAAGCACGACGAUGGCUGAUUCCUUCAAGCUCGAAGAAGCUAGGGUUCCUCCUGCCCUUCCCUUGCCGGCCCCUCCCGUCUCCAAGUUCAAGGUUGCUCUUUGCCAAUUGUUCGGGACUUCUGACAAGGUGAGAAACAUUGCCCAUGCUAGAGAAGCAAUCGAGGAGGCUGCCAAAAGGGGUGCUAAGCUGGUUGUUCUUCCAGAAAUAUGGAACAGUCCAUAUUCAAAUGAUAGCUUUCCAGUAUAUGCAGAGGAUAUCGAUGCAGGUGGCGAUGCAUCCCCUUCAACUGCAAUGCUUUCUGACAUUUCUCGAAGUCUACAGGUCACAAUCAUUGGUGGCUCCAUACCUGAACGUUCUGGUGAUAAAUUGUACAAUACCUGCUGUGUCUUUGGUAGUGAUGGGAAGCUCAAGGCAAAACACAGGAAGAUACACCUGUUUGACAUUGACAUUCCGGGAAAGAUGACCUUUAAGGAAUCACUGACUCUUACAGCUGGAGAUAGUCCAACUGUUGUGGACACAGAUGUAGGCCGUAUAGGUAUAGGCAUAUGCUAUGACAUUCGCUUCCAGGAAUUAGCAAUGAUAUAUGCAGCAAGAGGUGCUCACUUGAUAUGCUAUCCAGGGGCAUUUAACAUGGUUACUGGUCCAAUGCAUUGGGAGCUAUUGCAGAGGGCAAGGGCAAUGGAUUGCCAGUUGUUCGUAGCAACUUGUUCACCUGCUCGUGAUAAGGAUGCUGGUUAUGUAGCCUGGGGACACUCUACCCUUGUUGGACCAUUUGGGGAAGUUAUCGAGACAACAGAUCAUGACGAGGCAAUAGUCAUAGGAGAGAUCGAUUAUUCGCUGAUUGACCUUCGAAGGACAUACCUUCCGUUUCAGAAGCAAAGGCGGGGGGACUUGUACCAGUUGGUAGAUAUCCAGAGGCUGAAAUCUGAAAGCAAGUGAUAGGUUUCGGUAAACCUAGCAAUGAUGUGGAAGAUGAAAUGUUGUAGCAGCAGCAAAGAGAGUAGCAACAACCUGGACAUCUAAAAAGAGGGUAUCCAACUAUCAAGUCAGCGAUAUUCCGCACUGGAGUGGCUGGUAUUGAAUUAUGCGGCCAAAGGAACUAAACAUCGUCUGUCUGGAAACCAAUAAAACCAUUAGGACUAGGGAGGAGUUUGAUGCGCGCUUGUUACUUAUGGACAUAAAAAUGGUAUUUGAUGUGCGCUUGUAUCAGUUUGGUAACUUUGGUGUAACUAUCCGUCUUCAUAAUAAAUGACAUGGUUGUGAUUUUUCUUUUC